AUGGGCGCCAGGGGAUCAAGGGCGAGGAAUCAGCAGCAGCGGGCGGAGGAGAUGGAGGAGGCGGCGGCGGCGGUCGCGUCGGAAGCGCCGCCACGCAACAUUGAAGAGGUGCUUGCGGGGGCCAUGUGGGUGGCAAGUCUCACCGACCCUGCGCUCUGCCUUGAGCGCCUCCACGAGACGUUCAACGAAGUCAUCUUCAGCCUCGCCGACGACGAGAAGGUAGAGGGGGAGGAGGCGCACGUGGGGCGGCUCAAGACGGCGGCAGACCGUCAGCGGGAGCAGCGGGCAAAGGAAGACCUCCGACGUGCCUUGAUGGAGUUGCAGGACACCUCAUACGUGGAGGGGGCGGACGAGGGAGCGGAGGCGGCGGAGGAUGGAUACGGUGGCCCCGAUGAGGAGGAGGACGACGACGACGAAUUCACCGAGGAGUCGGAGCUUAUGAACGACGAGGAGUUUUUGUCGUGGAUCCACCGCAACGACACUCAACGCCAGGAGGAGACCGCGGAGGUGGUGGGUGCAGAGGUGACCGCCGCAGACUCCGCUGUCACCGGCGUUGAGCUGGAGCUGCACCGUGUCGGCCUUGGCGAGGAGGACAGACGUAUGGCGGAGGAUCCGCUGCCGGAGCGGCUCAAGGCCAUCGAGGUGCGGGAAAGGCGACCGGCACUCGGAUCGCGGAUACUGCCGCACGGCUAUUCCUACAAAAUACCACUUGAAUAUGAGGCAUUCUGGAUCCUACGGCAGUUGCGUAGCGCUGGCCAGCCACUGGCGCACAAUACUCGCAUCUGCGCCAUUGCAACCCGUCCGCCAGCAGAGGUGGUAGACGAGCCGGUGGUGGUGGCUAUCGCCUACGCUGUGCGAAAGAUGACGCAGGAAUACAUGGAACCGGCGCAUUUGAUGCUGUAUCACCAGACUGCGUUGCACCCACUUCUGUGCGCACUGCUGGAGAAUUCGCCACUCACGGAGGCGGCAGAAAAUACACUGCCCGCCUCCUCUUACGCCUACAGCGUGGAGACUGGAAGACGACAACGCCCGUUCAUAUCUGACGCAUACGUCGGCUUCAGCUCAUUGGCUGAUCGUUCUAUUGGUGAGGGUAAUUCUGCGUGGAAUCGCCUUGACGGCAGUGACAGCGACUUUGCCCAGCGCAAGCCAUGCUUUUUGGAACUGGGUCGCUUGCUGGUGCGCAUCCUUGAGCUUGAUGUCCUCUGCCACCGGCUGGAAAGUCAGCGGCAGCAGCAGCUGUUAAAACUGAAGGAUCACCCCGAGUCAAGCGUGCAGGAGCAGCGGGUGGCUCUGGAGGGCCUGGUCUUUGAGAGCGGCAUUGAGGCAGACCUCUGGCAAACGUUUUCUGCUCUCCUUACCACCGGUCAUGGGCGAGGGCCGACACAGGUGCUAAGGUGGCUCGGUCUCGAGGACGCCUUUGAGGAGUAUACUAUUACUGGACUCCAGUACCAAGAAAACCUGCUUGCCAACGCGCCAAUUUACGUGUGUCAGUCGCCGCAAUCAAUACCAUUGAUGGAUUGGGCACGCCAGGUCGGCGCCACCGCUCGCGCCCCGCGCUCCGCCGAGGCAGUACUAUCCCUUUUUAACCAGGCUCUUGUGGAGCAGUUUUCGAAGCUGCCUAUUCUCCGAAAACGUUUGUUUGAUGUUUUUUGUGCAGAAGGAGACCUCAUUGUGACGUACAAGCUCUGUGAAAGGAGAGAUGACAUGUAUCCUUUGGCCACUUUCUUUGUGGAGCACCCACGACACUACCUGGAUUUACUGGAGCGCGAACGACAAGGCACAGUGGGACUCUACUAUGUUUUAAGUGAGGAACUGGUGUACCGUGAGAUGAAUCUGCGCCAGCUGUACGAUCGCUCCCCCGCUGCUGACGAGUGGUUUUUAGAGCGACAACGGGCAAUGGAACUUUUGGUGGUGCGACUGAUCGAUGGUCUUGUACCAAAGGUGAGGGCGGAACUCAGUCAGUUUGCGCACCAGUUCGUGCAAACACAAGCUGUGGAGCGUCUUGGCCUGAUGUGUGCUCAAGGCCCCUAUGAACCUACACGACUCUGCCUUGAUGCCUACGACGACGACGCCCUCACGUGGGAGCCGGAGUGGAAUGUCGUCGAGGCCCUCCCAUUGGCGCGGAUGCAGGUGAACGGGCACAAGCCUUUUGGGCGUGUGUGUGCGGCCUACCGCGGCGACAACGGCAUGACACAUAUAAGCUUUAUUGAUGAGUAUGGCUCCUUUAUUGGUUCUGUGCGGUGGGCGGACUGCGCAAUGAGUUCUGAGAGUGGCCGGGCCGCUGAUUUGCUGCAGCAGAACCAGCUUGAGAAACUCUGUGCACGGCACAGCCCUAGUGUACUUGUCGUCGGGGCUUCUAACGUGGCAUCACUUGCAUUGAUGCGCUCCUUUCUAAGGUUUCUACGGGAACGCGUGCACGCGACUUUUCAUGUUCACAUUCCUGUCGUCUGGGCCCCAGUAGAGGUGGCGCGUUUGUACAGCAGCACAACCUACGCGGAGCUUGAGACGCCUGGGGCAGACUCUCUUUCCCGUACAUCGUUGGCCCUGGCGCGUUACGUACAGGAUCCACUCCAUGCUAUUUGUGUCCUCUUCGACAAGGAAAGGACGGCGCUACGUCUUUCACUUGGUGCCACCGUGUGCACAACAAGCGAGAAGGAGGAUCAACUGUACGCGCGGCUAUGCUGGGAAAUGAGCUUGUGGGUCACUGCAUGCGGAUUUUGGGUCGAGGAAUGUGUUACUCGACCUGCGAGCGUGGCGUCGUUGCAGUUUGUGGCGGGACUUGGUCCAUCAAGGGCGCGGAAGUUGCAGCAACUGUUGACGCUGCGUCGCCCAAAUAGCCGUGAAGAGUGUGGCCAACUCCUUACAGAGUGGUUUGGGACAUAUGUUUCACUUAAUGCGAUUUCUUCGCUGCGCUUGGCCCCCCCAACUGACGCCGCUGUUGGUGACGGGGGCUCUUCGCUUCGGUGGCAUCUUCUUGAUCAGACGUUGAUACCGCGCGAGUGGUACAGUGCCGCGGCGUUUAUUGCGAAGGCGGCACUUAAAAAUGUCCCCUCGAGGCUGGUUGCGCUUCUGGACUUUAUGCGGCUGGAGACCUCAGACAAGCGCUACCGCCUUGACCGCCACGCACACCAGCAAGAUAUGGCCGCCGCCAUUCGCGAGGCCCAUCGUCCCGAGUGGGACUCAUUGCUGGGGGAGAGAGAGAUAGAGUUUCUGCAGGAGGAGAUGAUAGCGGCAGGUCAGUCUUUUAUGCGAAGGCCAUACCGGCGGCUGUCUCACAGGGAACUCAUGACAUGUGUGACGGGCAUCGUUUACUGCACGCAAUCCGGUGCCUCUGCUGAGACUCGCUCAGCUGAGACACGCUCACUUGUCAUCUGUGAGGGGGAAUACGUGACGGGGACGGUGCAAGGUGUGCGCGGUGGCGGGGCCGUGCCGGGUAUUCGUCUCUCCACAUCGUUUGGGUUAGGCGCCUUCAUCGCCGCGGAAGACAUCGAAGACGAGACAAUGAAGCAAGAUGUACUUUUGUAUGAACAAGUUUUGCGUGAGAAUGCCGGCACGACGCAACCUCCCUCGUCAGUGGCGUCCCCAACGUGGCUGCGCCGUGGUGUGCCCAUUCAAGGCGUUGUCGUUGGCUGCAAUUGGGAGCGCUGUGAGUUGCGCCUGCGGUGGUGCCGUCCACGUGACACCAUGUCGAAUGCCGAUCGCGGUAAAGCGGAGGGUGUCGACAGGGACGACUUGGACGGGGGUCAGAAUUACGUGUCUUACUCCACAGGCGCCAACGAUGCGACGAGCAGCGCAAACUCCAUCGGUACACUGCGGAUGAAUAUGGAAGCCCGUGUCUUUGCAACGAAGAUCUCCCGCCACCCGCUCUUCCGCGACGCUUCCGCUGUCACGGCACAAGCAUAUCUUCAUAACAAAAAGAUUGGGGAGGUUAUUCUUCGCCCGGCGACGGGCAGGCGCAACAAGGCGAUUGCGGUGGUGAAGAUUGGCGAGAGGUCCACGUGCAACUGGCUCAUCAGUGAGGAACGGCGUCCGAACGGGGCCAUUUACUACCGCCUGAAGGACAAGGUGACGGGUCGCGAGGUGGAGUUUGAUGACGUGGACGAGUUCCUCAACAACUUCAUCGCACCGAUGGUUCUGCUCGUGCGGAGCAUCCGCAGCCACCGCCGCUUCGUGGAGAGUGCCAGGGAUGUGCAGGAUGCGCUGGAGGCCCAGCGCCAGAGCGGUCUUGGCCUAACGUAUGUCUUCGCCGAAGUCUCACAGCAAUCGAGGCCGCCAUUUUAUCGCGUGUUUACGCGCGGCGGGACGACGGAACGGAACUUCUACCUUCACAUUGAUGACAGCAGCAUUUACGUGCGCGUCCCAAUUCGGCGCAGCGGUGGGCAGGGCGGGGUCGACCUCAGGUGGGUGAAGUGUCGCAACGCCGAGCACGUCAGUGAACUUGUGAAGGGCCUGGCGCGGCCUCGCUAG